CUUAAACACUGAGAUGUGCUAAACUCCUUGAUGAAGUUUUCGCCGUUCGAGGGUGAUGUCGGUCCCGAGCGAGACGCCUCUACUGCCCCCCGCAGGCCAGGAGGAGGUUUUCUUCAAGACUUACAUCCCACCCGCUCGAGACGCCAUUCAUCUGCCCAUUCACAUCUUCUACAUCAUCCUCGCUUCCAUCGUGAUAGUGACCACGCUCUACGCCAUCAUCGGACACCUCAUGAAGGACCUGCUCCACGACCUGGCAGACUGCCUGUUCGGGCCUCAGCCGGAGGAAGAGGAGAUCAACCUGUGCGAGAACAAAGACAAGUUCAUGGUGGACUGGUGUCCAGAGAGCAGCCCGGAGCUGGAGGAGCUGGCCCGCGCCGAGGAGAUCCGUGUGCUGAUGGAGGGAGGCUGCUUCACCCCGGCCGUCUGGGUCAUCUCUGACGGCACCGAGCCCAGAGCGCCCCGGACCGGCCCGCGGGUCGCCUUCGGGAAGAACGUGUAGAGUCCGAUACAGCGGGAGAUGCUCACGGGAUAUAUUAUACU